AUGACGUUCAUCGUAUUCACUGCCUUUAAGAAGAACACGGCCAAGCACCUCAAACAGGUUGACGCUCGCCUCUCGCAAUCGAAGUACCUGGCCGGCGACGAUAUCACAGCCGCCGAUUUCAUGAACAUAUUCGCUGUCACCACUUUCCGUGUCAUCUCCCCUUACGAUCUAUCCGAGUACCCACACAUCUUAUCUUGGCUCAAGGAUGUCACUAGUCGUCCGGCAUAUAGGCGUACGAUGGAGAAAGCCGAGAGGGGUGUGCCUCCGCUCAUACAACCAGUCGUGCCUCAGUUUCCUUGGGAGGUCCUUGGUGGGUUGGCCGGUUGGGAAACUGUACCUGGUCUUGUGAAAAGGUAG